AUGUUUCGCUGCCGGGUAACUUUACUGGUGCUAUCCCUACACUCAAUCGAUGCCUACAAAUUCCUUGUCUACUCUCCCAUAUUUGGCUAUUCUCAUACGAACUUUAUGGGGGUCAUAGCAGACACCCUUACGGAAGCUGGACAUGAUGUGACAGUCUUAAUGCCAAUCAUGGACAAUGAAGAAGCACACAAGACUGGAGUGAAGUUGACAAAGAAAAUCAUCAAAACACCACCACAUCCACGAGUUGAGGAGUGGAUGGAACAAAAAUCGGCCAUGCUUAGCCAAAUGUGGACAAUGCAGCCGAGCGUUUUUUCGCUCAUGCAGGCGGUACAAAAUAUGUCAACCUCAUUCGCCGCCCAAUGUGAAGCUCUGAUCACCAACGAUGUCCUGAUGAAGCAGUUAGCGGAUGAGAAGUUCGACGUGGGUAUUGCCGAAGCUUUC